CAGUACUCCGACUCUUCGAGAGACAUGCUCACCCUCCCCUCCCUCUCUCAUGUGGUCGGGUGCGACGAACACCGCUUGCCCGCGGCGUUGCGGCCUCAGACGGCCCCCCGCCGCUCAGCCGAGUCGACGACCCAGAGGCAAAGACGGCCGAGUCGACUCGCCGCCGCCGCCUUCUCCUCGUUGACGAGGAUGAAGAGGCCGGCUCAGACGGCUGAGCCAGAGGAGGGGACGCUGACGUCACAGGCGUGGCGUGCGUCCAUGGCCUCUCUCGCCGCAGCAAUCCUUGCGUCCAACGCAGCCACCGCAGGGGGCGGCCGAGGCGAGGCGCGAG